UUUAAGUACAUCCAAUCAGCACAGCAGUCAGCAGUGCAGUGUAGUGUAAUUGUUUGUGUUGGUAGGGGGAAUUUGAGGUUGUGUAUUGAUUAACAAGCGGUUUUGCAGUAAUUUGAACAAUACUAGUGCUACUUUUCUAUAAAAAUGGCUCGCAGAUAUGAUACGAGAACGACCAUUUUCUCGCCCGAAGGCAGACUGUACCAAGUCGAAUAUGCUAUGGAAGCUAUUAGUCAUGCGGGAACUUGUUUGGGCAUAUUAGCUACAGACGGUAUUCUUUUAGCUGCAGAACGCCGCAACACGAAUAAACUACUGGACGAGGUAUUCUCAUCUGAAAAAAUAUACAAGUUAAAUGAUGAUAUGGUAUGUAGUGUUGCCGGAAUUACAUCCGAUGCAAACGUAUUAACUAACGAACUUCGUUUAAUCGGACAACGAUACCUAAUUCAGUAUGGGGAAUCUAUACCGUGCGAACAAUUAGUUUCGUGGCUUUGUGAUGUUAAGCAGGCCUACACGCAGUAUGGGGGUAAACGUCCUUUUGGGGUUUCUAUUCUGUAUAUGGGAUGGGAUAAACAUUAUGGUUAUCAGCUAUAUCAAUCUGAUCCUAGUGGCAAUUACAGUGGCUGGAAAGCAACAUGCAUCGGUAAUAACAGUGCGGCUGCAGUCUCGAGUUUAAAGCAAGAAUAUAAGGAAGGCGAAAUGACACUCAAGGAUGCUAAAGCUCUCGCUAUCAAAGUUUUGAGUAAAACUCUUGAUAUGACUAAAUUGACAUCGGAAAAAGUGGAAAUGGCGACACUCACUCGUAGUGACAACAAAACCGAUACCCAUAUACUGUCUAGCAAAGAAGUUGAGGCGUUAAUUUCAGACUUUGAAAAAUCAGAAGCAGCAGCAGAGGCGCUUAAAAAAGAACAAAAGCAAAAAUCUUAAAUAGGUGCCAUGUUUUUGUUGGUUUAUAUUUCAAAUUGAGUAAAUUUACAUUUAUUAAAGUCCGAUUCUAAAAUAA